GACACACGGAGAUGUGGGGGAAGGAAAGCAGAGUUUAUGAGUCAUGAAAGGCCUUUCCUCAUUCUUGGCUGUCUCUACCACAUCUGGACCCUGGUACCUAGGAUAACGUCGGACAAUUCCUUCACGUCUGAGUGGUCCGUUUGGGAUGAUUGAUGACCUUGCUUCUGCACCUCAGCCGGACAGAUUUCACCCCUGCAACCCCUACCAUCUGCACUCUGAGAUCGAUGAUCCCAACAGCAACCUUGAGGAGAUGACCAAUGAGGCUGACGCCAUCACCACUGUGGACAGUCUGGGAAGCAAGCAAGCCUUGACUACGGAUUACCUGGAUUCUGAUUAUCAGAGAGGACAGCUGUACCCGUUCUCCCUCAGCAGUGACUUGCACACGGCCACAUUCGCUCUCACAAAUGCAGCUCCAAUGACCCAGACCUUCCAGGAACGGUGGUACAUGAAUCUGAACAGCCUCAUGGACCGGGCCCUGACCCCACAGUGUGGAGGUGGGAACGACCUAUACAUCAUCACAGGCGCCGUGCCCUCAGACGUCAAAGUCAAAGACAAGGUGACCAUCCCUAAGUUUGUUUGGCUGGCAGCCUGCUGCGCUGUCCCCGGAGGAGGCUGGGCCAUGGGCUUUGUCAAGCACACCACGGACGGUGAUGUCAUAGAGGAUGUGAUGGUGAAAGAACUGGAGAAACUGCUGCCGUCUAACCCUCAGUUGUUCCAGAACAACUGUGGUGAAACAGAACAGGACACGGAGAAAAUGAAAAAAAUCCUGGAAAUGGUUAACCAAGUCCAGGAUGAAGAGCGGAUGGUGCAAUCUAAAGAAACCACUAGUGCCCUCCCCAGCACCAGGAGCAAGAGGUCUGCUCUGCAGCCUCCAGAGGCACCCGAGGAAAGGAGUAGCUUCCUGGGGAAUCUCGUGGGCUUCAUCGCUACCCCGUUCAUCAAGCUUUCCCAAUUAAUUUGCCACCUUGUGGUAGGCAUCCUGAAGAACACUGUGUAUGUCCUGUGGUAUGUCGCCAAGCAGGUGAUUAAUGGCAUAGAAAGUUGCCUUUACCACCUGGGUUCAGCCACUGUCUCGUACUUCUUGGCCAUUGGGGAAGAGUUGGCAAGCAUUCCCUGGAAGGUACUCAAAGUCAUAGUCAAAAUCAUCAGGGCCAUUCUCCGGAUCCUUUGUUGUCUGCUGAAGGUGGUUUGCCGCAUUCUGGGCAUCCCUGUCCGCGUCCUUGUGGAUGUGGCCACUUUCCCUGUGUACACCAUGGGCGCCAUUCCCAUUGUGUGCAAGGACAUUGCAGUGGGCCUCGGUGGUGCCAUCUCUCUGCUGUUUGACACUGCUUUUGGCACCAUGGGUGGCCUAUUUCAGGUUGUCUUUAGCGUUUUCAAGCGAAUUGGCUACAAGGUUACUUUUGAAAAUUCUGGGGAGUUAUAGAACUCAAAAAACAAAUAUUGGCCAGUCACAGUAAAUUUGAUUUUUUUUUUUUAAAUAGAGAAGGCUGGAAUACUUUGUACAAUGGGUCUUUGUUCACUCUCAACUAUCAUUAAUUUUGGCCUUUCAUGGGGAUGUCUGUAUGCUUUUGCAAAGGAAGAUGGUGCACUUUAGACUUGACCCUAGAGAAAUGUUCAGGGUAGGACUGCGUGUAGGUCAUCUGAUAUGAAAUGAGCAAACUUCUAAACCAUAACCUUUAGUUAUUUACUCUGAUACAGAUGACCAGCUGAGACAUUCUGGUGUUCAUUAAAAUUCUACAAGAGGGGAAAAUUAGAAAGAGGACAACUUUAAACCCAAGGGUUUCUGAGACGAUGAGAAAGAAGUCUUGUUCCUCCUAUUACUCUCUGAGAUUCAAGGCAAAACUGGUAUAAAUAUUCUUGUCCAAUGUGUCUUUCGCUUCUCUUUCUCCUCAACUCAGCCGACCUUGGUGAGGUGCGGACAUGCUUCCCUGGUGAAAUAGCUUUCUUAGGGUAUAGAGUCUGCUAGAUCCCUUAGCUUUCUGUGGCUUCCAAGGACCUUUAAGAUUUUUUUUUUCUCCAGAGUUGAAUUUUGCUGAAUUUUUCUUUUAUGUAAUGAUAAACAUUUUAUGCCAAAAAGGGCAUAACAAACUUUGAAUGCAAGGGCAAAGAUGAUUUGCCCCUUGAACAGUGUAGGACAGUCUUCUUGGGUAUAAAGAAGAGGGCACCAGGGUCAGAGCCCAGCUCUGAGUAAGUGCUGUAGGUCCCAGGACAUCUCUAGCCAAGCUUGGACUAAUUUGAAAUAUAUUCAAUAUCUGGCUGACAAGAUUGAGCUCAAAGACCUACAUGUUAAGCUACUAUGAAAAUUCAAAUUCUGCAACAUACUAGAUCAGUCUUUCUUAUACAUCAAGCAAAUACCCAACACAGUAAAACACAUUGACUUCUGUCCUUAAAUGAUUGUUUUGGUAUAAAUGUAUAGAAAAGAGCUACCGAACAAAAACUAUUCUAGCCGUCUGGAAAGUUUACAUAUGUAUAAACUUGAUUAAGAAUUCUCUCUUAGACAAUUAUUUUUAUAGUGUGUUUGAGGCUAGAAAACAUCACUCUCCCAUUAAUGCAAAUGGAUCUGAGAGCUAAUCCCCAGUGUUUUGAUCAGACACUUGUCAUUUUGAAUAUUGCACUGAAAACGGUAAGAAGAGGAAGCAGAAUCUCCCAAACUUUGCUCUGCCUUCCACAGCUGAGAAUGAAUGGUCCGGAUUUUUCUAAGUGUUCUAAAGAGUUGCUGUGAGGUAAAAAAAAAAAGCCAAGUGUAAAAUACUGGUUUUGGGGGCACAGGCCACCAUUCAUCUGAAAGUCAGAUGCAGAAACCUGGGGUCCAGAAAGACAACAAGGAGAAAAAGAUGGGUCAACUAUUUGUAUCGGGUUGGUGGAUGAGAAACGUGAGUGUAGUGAGUUACAUUUUGCAGAAAAAUCAUUGAAUUCGACCCAAAGUAGAAGAGCAGCCAGCCAGCUGGCAUCCUGAUCAAUUCGUGAUGCAAGGUUGGGGAGUAUGACCCCGACUGGUCCAUGAUAGGGAGCUAUGAACUCAAUUUAAGACUCUUAAGUAGUAUUUCACCAACACUUCUGUUUGUGAGCAUUAACACCCGUGAUUGCGCUGCUCUUCAUCUCAGCAGUGUGAAGGUACAGGGAAGGGUGAGGCUGCUAAUGGGUCAAGAAUCCUGCCGGAUGAAAGAAAGAGAAUCUUAGGCGUGACCAGAGAGAUAGUCUGGUCAAACCUUCAUUUGACGAGGAGCCUGAGGCACAGGGAGGUAACAGGCUUGCCUUCAGUUUCACGGCUACCUGAUGGCGUAUUAGGAACCACGAUCUUUUGCACACGUCCCAUCACAGCUGGAAUGUCAGAUAUGUGGUGUGUGUGGUACUAUUCAGCUGCCUCCCUGGACUAUGGCAGAGUUUUCUCAUCAUCCAUCAAACAGACUUAUCAGUUGGACAUGCCUAUGUGGUGACGCUAUUGGCCAUCCAUGCACAGCAUCAUGCUUACCGCCUCCCACAGGCUCUGUGUUCCUUCAUAGUACAUAUCUGCAAACUGAAAGGCCCAAAGAGGGCAACCAUGGCAGCUUGAGCCCCUUGGCACCAUGCAAGGAGCAGGGCAUCCACACUGCUUCUUGAGGGCCAUUUGGAAGUGUCUUCUGUUUCAUGGCUUGUUUAAUGUUGUAUUUAUUUAUUCUUGCAUGGCUUCUUUUGAAAUUUGUGAAGGGAUAAUAAAGCAAAAAUAUUCUUACGUUUGGGUGGCUGAGACUCUGCCCUGGACCACUAGCGAUGAUGUGCCUCUGGCUCACGGGCACAGGGACCCAGCACGUGGCUGGACUGCUGGUCUGCUCCCAACCAGCUACUUUGGGUUUUUGAGGUGGGAGUUCGGGUUGAUUAACCCCAUCUCUGGCUUGGAGAUUUUUCCGUGGCUCUGUUACGUUCUCAGGCCCUUGGGGAAGUCAGCCACCUAUUCAUUAUGAGGGAGCUGAUUUUCUAGCGUGUGGACUAGCCACACUUGUGGACACUCCUUUUCCAUUGUGCCUUUUGAAUGUUGGCUUCUCACUCGGCAUUAACACUUCCACUUAUAUGCAGACCAGGGAGUUUGGAGGAGGAAUUAGAGUGAAGCGCUGGUCAUUCAUUCAAUCAUUCAUUCAUCUAUCCAAUAUGUAUUUGAACAUCAAGGUUGCAGAGAUAAACACUACAUGGAUCACAUCUUUGAGGAGUUAAAAAAUCUAGUAGGGAGACCACCUGGUACAACUGCAUGGUAAGUGCUACAGCAAAGGUACUAGCAGCCGGUCCCUGGGGCGCGGGAGGAAAGACCACAGAACCAUGGAAAUCCGUGCCGCCUUUAGGGAGGGUGUGACAAAAGCCAAUUUGACAUUUUCAAGCUAUGUACAAUGCUGUGCACCUUGCAAUGCUCAAUAAAGUAAUUGUUGACAACUCA